AUGGAAUAUGAGCGCAGAGCAGCGGUAAUAGCUUCUUUGCUCGUCGGGAAGAAGCCUGCGCAAGUGAUGACCUGGUUUGGGUUCAAGAUGACCAUGGUCAUGGACAUUUGGAGGAAGUGGAAGACGUACGAGAACAAGGACGAGUUUACUGCCAAACGAAAGGCCCACAACAUUCGUUCUUUGGCCGUUGGGACAGACGAGUUCGUCGCCGCCGUCAAGGAGACAGUCGACAAUGAUGGAAGCCAGAGCUACGUCAAGAUCGCCGCUGACAUGGGCUGUCACAAGUCGACGAUCUGUCGAACGAUCAAAAAGGACAUAGUUACCCCUCCUACUGCAAGUCUCACGGCAUGCUCAUCACGAAUGCCUCCAAGGAGACGAGGAAGUUCAUAUCUAUCUAUCUAUCUAUCUAUUGGACUCAGGCUGUUCAUAUCUAUCUCUCAUAUUGUUUAUAUCUAUCUAUCUAUCUAUCUAUCUAUCUAUCUAUCUAUCUAUCUAAAUCUGUUUAUGUCUACGUAUCUGUCUAUCUAUUUAAAUCUGUUUUUAUCUGUCACAAUCUGCGCAUAUCUAUCUCUCAUUCGUAUCUAUCUAUUUAUCUAUCUAUCUAUCUAUCUAUCUAUCUAUCUAUCUAAAUCUGUUCAUAUCUAUCUAUCUAUCUAUCUAUCUAAAUCUGUUUUUAUCUGUCACAAUCUGUGCAUAUUUAUCUCUCAUUCGUAUCUAUCUAUCUAA